AUGGCAUCAAAUGAGUCUCGGCUCCAACAGCCGCCAUCCCAGAAGGAUGCUGCUGACCAGAACUUUGACUACAUGUUUAAGCUACUGAUCAUUGGCAAUAGCAGUGUGGGGAAAACCUCUUUCCUGUUUCGUUACGCUGAUGACUCCUUUACCUCGGCCUUUGUCAGCACUGUUGGCAUUGACUUCAAAGUCAAGACUGUCUUCCGCAAUGACAAAAGGAUCAAGCUGCAGAUCUGGGACACCGCAGGACAAGAGCGGUAUAGGACUAUCACCACAGCCUACUACAGAGGUGCCAUGGGCUUCCUGCUUAUGUAUGACAUUACCAACCAGGAGUCCUUCAAUGCGGUUCAGGACUGGGCGACACAGAUUAAAACUUACUCAUGGGACAAUGCCCAGGUGAUCCUAAUCGGAAACAAGUGUGAUCUAGAGGAUGACAGGCUUAUACCUACGGAAGAUGGCCAACGACUUGGGGAAGACCUUGGUUUCCAGUUCUUCGAGGCCAGUGCAAAGGACAACAUCAACGUGAAGCAGGUGUUUGAGCGCCUAGUGGAUGUCAUCUGUGACAAGAUGAAUGAGAGCGUGGAGGGAGACGCUACCUUAGUGCCCAACCACAGGAACCAGAGCCUAAAAGACUCGUCUUCUGAGAGCCAACGGAACUGUGCUUGCUAA